UCCAUCCCCUAUCCAGCUACAUCCCUAUAUACCAACACACCGUACGUUCUUCCACGCAACGAAACACCACGGCCACCACCCACCCACGGGUCGAUCGAUCGAACGUACGUCGCGAUGCAUCUACAAGCGCUCUUCUCCGUCCUAGCAGCAACAUGCUUGGUGCUGCACCAAUUGACGUUGCCGGCGUCGGCGGCCGUGGCGACGUGCGCGCCCAAGGCGUGCGGGAACGUGACGAUCCAGUACCCGUUCUGGCUCACGGACGCCGCCCAGCCGGCGCCGUGCGGCCCGUCGGCGUUCCAGGUGGACUGCCGCGGCGGCCGCGCGUCCCUGGCCCGCUCCUUCCGCGGCGGCUACAAGCUCCUCCGCGUCUCCUACGCCGACCGCGCCGUGGUCGUGGCCAACGACAACGUCCAGACGGACGACGCCGGCUGCCCCGUGCCCAAGAUCGACGUCUCCGCCAGCCUCAGCCUCGCGCCCUUCUCCGCCAGCGCCGCCAACCGCCAGCUCUUCUUCCUCUUCAACUGCACUUCCCCCGCGACGGCCGGGUUCGUCGACGUCACGUGCCCCGGGACGGCGGCCGUGGUGCGGCUCGACGCGCGGUACAACACCACCGACGCGAGGGCUGUGGCCGGCGGGUGUGACUACGCGGUGGUGCCGGUGGCCGGGUCGACGUCGCCGGGCGCCAGCGCCGGGGUGGAGUACCCGCGGCUGCUGAGGGAAGGGUACCUGCUGCAGUGGAGGGCGUCGGCCGGGGACUGCGGCGCGUGCGGCGCCAGCGGCGGCCAGUGCGGGUACGACUCCGACGCCGAGGCGUUCGCGUGCGUUUGCGCCGACGGAUCAUCGCGCCCGGCCAGAUGCGAUGGGAAGAAAUCCAGCAACAAGGUCAUCCUGAUAGCAUCAGUGUCCGCCACAGCUUGCUUGAUCCUGCUGGUGUGCCUCGUCAUGGCCUUGAAAUUUCAUCGACAAAUCCGCAGCAUGAGUUUUGUAUCCAACAUCAUGGACAAAAACAUCAAAGCUGACAAUGCAAACGUUGAGAAGCUGCUCAAGAAGUACGGCUCCCUGGCUCCCCGGAGGUACAGGUACUCGGAGCUUAAGAAGAUAACCAGCAAUUUCAAGCACAAGCUCGGCGAAGGCGGCUACGGCGCAGUGUUCCUGGGCACUCUGGGUGAUCGGCGGGCGGUCGCUGUCAAGUUCCUGCACCACUCCAGGCCCAACGGCGAGGAUUUCCUCAACGAGGUGAUCAGCAUCGGCCGGACGUCCCAUGUCAACAUCGUCACCUUGCUUGGGUUCUGCCUCGAGGGCUCCAAGCGUGCCCUCGUCUAUGAGCACAUGCCCAACGGCUCCCUCGACAAGUACAUCUACUCGUCACCGUCGUCCAAGCCGGAGUCCCCGGUGACAAGACUCGAGUGGGAGACGCUUCAGGAGAUCGCGACGGGGGUGGCACGGGGGCUGGAGUACCUGCACGAAGGGUGCAACACGCGCAUCAUCCACUUCGACGUGAAGCCGCACAACGUGCUGCUGGAUGAAGGGUUCCGGCCCAAGGUGGCCGACUUCGGCAUGGCCAAGCUGUGCGACCCCACGGAGAGCAUCCUGUCCAUGGCCGACGCCAGGGGCACCGUGGGGUUCAUCGCGCCGGAGGUCUUCUCCCGGGGGUUCGGGGUCGUGUCCGCCAAGUCCGACGUCUACAGCUACGGGAUGCUGCUGCUGGAGAUGGUCGGGGGCCGGAGCAACGUCAAGGCCUACGCCGCCGCCAAGGAAACCGACAUGUUCUUCCCGCUCUGGAUCUACGAUCACCUGCUCGGCGACGGCGGCGUGCUGGUCGCGCGACAGGACGGUGGAGGCGACGCCGAGGAGGAGACCAUCGCGAGGAAAAUGGCGUUGGUCGGGCUGUGGUGCAUACAGACCGUUCCGGCGAACCGGCCGUCGAUGGCCAAGGUGCUCGAGAUGCUGGAGAGGAGCAUCGACGAGCUGGCCAUGCCGCCGAGGCCGUACCACCCUUCUUCUCCUUCCAACUCUCCUUCUCUGUCGCACUCACUGCCGUCGAGCUAUCCAUCUUCUGCAUCGGGCUACACUCAAGGAUCAAGAUCGUUUACAACAGAGAGCACAAAAUAACUAAAAGACUCUGUUGUACAGUCAGCAGAAAAAGAAGCAGGGAUGUCCCGUGAGCAAAGUCAACGUUAGACGUUCGUAACCAUUCUUGAGUUGUAGCCAAGAAGUUCUUAAUUUGCAUGCAUGGAGGGGCGACGGACAACAGCAAUACUACCCAGCGAUGUCCGCAUCUCCGUGCGUAUUGCUACAUAUAUAGAUCCAAUUAUUAUUGAAGCCCGAAGGAAUAUGUGAUUUGUCCUUUAAAUAGUUAAUACCCCAUAUGUGAGAAAUACAUAGACAACUUAAGCGUACUUAAUGGUGGUGUACCAAUUAUAAUCAACUAAAUUAUGAGAGAUUUGUGUUUUUUCACCUUCUAUAUCAUCAUGUGGCUUAGGCCAUGCACAAA